UGUUGGCGAUAAGGUCGCCUGUUUUUUUUUGCUUAAGAUUGAUUUACCACAGAAAGCAAUAGCAACGGACAUUUUUUUUUAAAAUUUCAAAUUCCUUCAAGUUUUAAUGAAGCAUUUGUCGGAUUUUCAUGUAUUGGAACUAUUUUAACUUUAAUAUAAUUAAAAACAUACUUUAAAUAUAAGUUAUUUAAGUAUUUGAAUAAUGGCUCCGUCUAAAACAGCAAUUGUAUUGAAUAUUGAGCAAUUUAUUAAGGAUAUCGAAGCAAGACCUGCUAUUUGGAACAGAAAUUAUCAUUGUAAUAAGUAUUUCCUCGAGGAGACGUGGCAAGAAUUGAGCAAAAUUCAUAAGUUACCCGCAAAGUUGCUGAAAGCCAAGUGGAAAGGUUUAAGGGAUAACUUUCGUGUUGAGUUUAAACGUAUACCAAGAAAUUCUGAUGGUCAGUUGGCUUUUCAACCGGAAUGUCAUCAGGCAAAAUGGAAUCAUUUUCUAGCAUUACAAUUUUUAGUUAAUCAUAUGCGUCAACGUGGUGUAAAUUAUGGAGGCGCGUCUCAACCUUGCGAUGACGCUUUAAAUGGAUAUAAUGAAGAAUGUGUUGUUGAACCUGAUAUACAUGAUGUUAUAGUUUCAAAUUUUGCAGAAGGGUCUGAUGAUAAUCCGGAUGAUUCAGAAACACAUAGUGUAAGCUAUAAAAGAAAGCAGCAAGAACUUUCAAAUGAAUUAAAAGAAGGUGGCAAUAUAUCAGUCAACAAUAAUUUACUCUCAUGUGCAGCAUUUGCAACAGAGUCUUCAAAUACCUUCAAAAAAUCCAAACAAAUAGAAAAAAUUGAUGAAACUUUAGAUUUAUCGAGAAAUAAAAUUCCACAAAAUUGCAAUACUUCAGUAAAGGAUAUAUUAUUAACAUCAAUUUCAAGAGAUUUUAAUUUGCCAUUAGACCACAAUAAUGGUAAUUUGCAUACUCCUGUUGAAGACAUCAAUUCUGGAGUAAAUGUUGCACGUCAUGAUGAUGAUCACUUUUAUUUAAUGAGUUUGCACCCUUUCAUGAAGCUUUUAACACCACCAAAAAAACUGAAAAUAAGAACAAAAAUUCAAAAAUUAAUACUUAAAGAGUUGUACAAGAAAUCAGAUGGGUAAAGAAAAUACAGAAAUGCA